AUGAACAUCAGGCUUCCAGAGCUUAACCUACCCAAGUUUAGCGGUAAGUUGGAAGACUGGUGUGCUUUUCGCGAUUCGUUUGAAUCCGCAAUAGGUUCCCGGAGCGACAUCAGUGCGGUCAAGAAGAUACACUAUCUGAAGGGCCUCGUUCAAGGAGAGGCAACGCGCAUUCUCGACCCUAUCAAAAUAAGCGAGCAGGGCUACAAGGACGCUUGGCGAACGUUGCGGCUGCGUUUUGAGAACAACCGGCAGUUAAUCAAGUGUCACAUUCGGACGCUUUUCGACACUCCAGCGAUGCGCAAGGAAUCAGCUGAAGAUCUGCUUGCGCUGAUCGAUCGCUUCGAGCAGCAGAUCUCCGUUCUGAAGAGCUUGGGUGAACCAGCAGACCGAUGGAGCUCUAUCCUGGUUUACCAGCUAUCUAUACGCCUCGAUCCUUGUACGCUCCGGGAAUGGGAGAACCACUGUAGCAAACUCGAUGCUGACAACAUCGCUUCGGUUCUGGGAGAAACCGCCGGCACAUCAGAGGACACAAGCACUGGUGCGUCAACUUCAAUGCCAUCAUACGUGACGAUGGUAAACUUCCUCCAGAACUACGCUCGAGUUUUGCAAGCAGUUUCUUCAGCCACUUCGAACACCGCUCCUCCUCGCAGCAAGCCAAAUCCGACAUCCAAGCCAGCAAGCCGAAGCCGUGCGACAAGUGCGGUGAGAGUCACUACCUGUACAGCCGUCCGGAAUUUCGGAAACUCAACCUUCGCCAACGGAUCGAUCUGGUAA